AUGGACCAACACGACGACUUCGACAGCGUCUCAUGGAGACAGGGCUCGGAGAGCGACCUCUCCCGGCCCACCACGUCGGGCACAGACGCAGAGGAACCACACGAACACAAUCGCGAUGUCAAUGGCAAGCGAAGGAUGAGCUCGGUUCAUGAGGACCCGCCCCAGGCCGGACCGCUGGCGGACGCCGUGGACUUGGCGGGGAUCGGAGAUGGAUUGUUGGAAUGUCAAGUAGAUUCUCCACUGAAGGAAAAUGAUGGGACGAAGGAUGCGUACAUUUCGUAUCUAGUAACUACACAUACCGAUUUCAGAUCAUUCCAUAAGCCGGAUUUUGCUGUGCGGAGGCGCUUUACGGACUUCUACUUUCUAUAUAAGACCCUUUACCGGGAGUAUCCAGCAUGCGCGGUGCCGCCGCUGCCCGAGAAGCAUAAGAUGGAGUACGUGACGGGCGAUCGGUUCGGGCCGGAAUUCACGAGCCGUCGUGCUUGGUCGUUAGAUCGUUUCCUGAAGCGCCUGACAUUGCAUCCUGUGCUUCGCCGAGCCCCUCUGCUCGCUAUCUUCCUGGAAUCACCAGACUGGAAUGCGCAUAUGCGACUGCACUCCUCCCGCAGUACAUCGGGGACUUCGGACGGGGGCGGCGCGGGGAUCUUCGACAACUUCACCGAUACGUUCGUCAAUGCUUUUACCAAAGUCCACAAGCCAGACCGCCGAUUCAUCGAGGUGAAGGAGAAGGCGGAUAAGCUGGAUGAGGACCUCAACCACGUGGAGAAGAUCGUCGCUCGGGUUGCGCGCCGGGAGAGCGACCUCGAGACCGACUACAACGACCUGGCGACACAGUUCCGGAAGCUCGUCCCCCUGGAACCGGAUGUGGAAGUUCCGUUGCAGAUAUUUGCGGCAUCGGUGGAAGAGACCGCACGUGGGUUCAAGACGCUAAAGGACCACACCGACCAAAAUUACCUAGGCUCUCUACGGGACAUGGAAGCGUACAUCGUAUCUCUCAAAGCGCUCCUCAAGACGCGCGAGCAGAAGCAGCUCGACUUUGAAGCCUUGGUGGAUUAUCGUAACAAAGCGGUUGCGGAGCGGGACUCUCUUGCCGCCAACCCGUCUUCCUACUACGCCUCCAACCCCCUCACCUCCUCACCUGCCUCCUUUAUCCGCUCCAAGAUGGAAGACAUGCGUGGGGUGGACCAUGAGCAAUCCCGCCGCGAGCGUGUGCGGAAGCUCGAGCUCCGCAUCGACGAGCUCACGCGCGAGGUGGAAUCCGCCAAGACGACGUCGGAGAUGUUUGACGAGGAAGUCGUCCGCGAAGUCGCCGACUUCGAGCGUAUCAAGGCGGUGGAAUUCCGGGAUUCGCUGGGGGCGCUGGCGGAGAAACAUAUUGAUUUCUUCCAGGGUGUCAUCAACACGUGGGAGCGAUUUGUUGCCGAGAUGGAAGGGGAUCUCGAGAACGAUCACGAGGUAUUGGAGCAUGGCCCCGGAGAGGGAGUGGCAGCUUGA